CUCAAACUCAGACACGCCAUAGCCCAUAGCAAGCGAGAAUAGGCAUAGCAGCAGUGCAAGGAAACACAAAAGGCUUGCGAACACAUGCUGCUGCCUCUAGUGAACAUGCAAGCUCCUCCGGAGAAGAGCAGCAUGCAUCAGCAGAUGAUGACCAAGGUGUCUAUCUCGAUCCUGGUGAUGGCGCUGCCCGUGCUCUACGUCUCCGUCCUCCACGUGCCGCCUUCCACGCUCUUUCGCGACACCACCUUCUGGUUCCUCAUGUCCAACUCCAUCAUCGUCGUCAUCGCCGCCGACUCCGGCAUGCUCUUCUUCGGCUCCUCCUCCUCCGCCGCCUACGUCGACGACCGUCCCUUCCUGGCCUCCGGCGACGCGUCGACGGUUGUGCCCGUCGAAGAGCUUCUGCCUGUGGUCAUCAUGAACGACGACCAAGGGUUGGAUGUUGCGAGGGACGUCGUCCAUGGAGAUACGGCGGUCGCCAUGGACGCCCACGCAUUGGUUGCGAGAGGCGACCAUGGCGUCGUUAAGCCUGAAAGACAAGAGAUGACGCCGGUGGAGGACGGCGUGACGGUGAAAGCGAGGCUGACGGCGAGCAGGAGCCUCGCGAGGGAGGAGAGGGCGGCAAGGAGGCGGCGGAGCAGGUCCCACUCGCACGCGCUCGUGGCCGCCGUGCCCGAAGAUCCGGUGGUUGAGGACAAGAGCGUGGUGGUCGUGAGGGAGGAGAAGCUCCGGCGAACAGCGACGGAGGUGCGGCGGCGUCCGACCGCCGCGGCCGCGGAGGAGGAGGAGGAGAGCGAGUUCUACGCGAGGCUCUCUGACGAGGAGCUGAACCGGAGGGUGGAGGACUUCAUUACCAAGUUCAACAGGGAGAUCAGGCUCCAGGUCGAGAAGGAACUACAAGCCUGAUGAAAAUCUCUGAUCGAUUGAAUUCGGUCCGGAAAAAAAAAAACAAGAUUCGAACUGCGAGAAUUUCACGGAAAACAGUUCAGUUCUUGAUGCUCGAAAAAAGUUCCCGCGUUCCAAACGGGGCCUAAGCCGAAGCUUUGGUCGCGACGUGUCGCGAUCGUGACCAUGUACAUGUUCUUCUUAGAAGGACGGUGUAGUGUAUGAGUGUGUGUGGUAUUAGAUAGUAGUAGGAAGUAGUAAUAAUUAGUGAGUAGCUUCUUCUUUCAUGGAAGAUCUUCUGGUGCAGAAGAGUGAGAGCGAGAGGAGUGUCAAGCAAGGCUUAGAUCUGUACAUUAUAGAUGGAGAGGAGUACUUCUACUUGAAGAGGCAUGAGAUCAGUUAAUAAAGAGAGGG